ACCUCAAAUAAUCCAGUUGUAAAGCCACCAAAGAUCAGAAAGUUGCCUGGAAGACCAGCUAAGGUAGAAGAAAGGAAGCAGAUAAAGCAGAAAAACUGGAAAGUUGAGCAAAAGAGGUGCUGUAAUGACUUGUAGCAAAUGUGGCACACAAGGACACAAUAAAAGAGGAUGUCCUACAAGAAACCAAGCUGAUCCAAGUCAAUCAACUGAAUCAUGUUCUCAGGCAAGAAGUACUGGUCCAAAUCAGUCAUCUGAACCAUCUUCUCAUACACAGGCUACUGAAAGUGGUAGAGGAAAAGGCACAGGAAGAGCAACAAGAGGAAGAGCAACAAGAGGAAGAGCAAGUGGCAAAGGUGUUCUAGCUCAAUCACAUGGAAAUGUUACAAACACAGAGGUAAUAUAUCUAAUUAUUAUAUCAUUGUCAGAUAAUAUAGAUAUGCUUUAA